ACCACCAUCUUCCAGUAGUUGGCUGGUAAUACUAGCUUGUGAAUAGCUUCAAUUUUGAGCCGUUUUGGGAGGUCUUUGUACAGGACGUGAUAUUGGUUUUGGUGUUGUGGCUUGCCCCUGAAAUUUGUGUGGAAAUUGGCUUACUGGAUUAGGGACAUUUUUUGACCGGGAACCAGGUGUAAACGUCCGAGCAUGGUGGCUCUGGUUGUAUGUAGUAGCUGACCGGCCGUUGCCACAGUAACCCUUACAGGGUUAGGGUUCAGCACCGCUGUUCAUGUGCUCCACGCCGCUAACUGCUGUUCCCGCGUCGCCCAAUCAAGCAAUCAGCCCCACGCCAUUCUCACCAGCCGAGACACGGCUCAUCAUGGCAUCGCAGCAACGGUCGGCCUCGGUGGCCGGGACACGGGCAAAGACAUAUUUCGAGCAGCAGAGGGAAGAACUAAUAGGGGAGAUUGCCAUGAGCUUCGAGCACGUGCUGGCCAACAUCAACAAGCUGAACCGCUCGCUCGAGGCGGUCAUUGCGGUUGGCAACGAGUUCUCCUCGGUUGAGGCCCUGUGGUCGCAGUUUGAGAACGUCAUGGCGAAGGACCCCGAGGAAGGGAACGCCGGGAAGGCGGAGGGCCACGCCGAGGGUCAAGAGGCUGAUGACCGGACCAAGAAUGAGGACGCCUAGGUGUGAACUAAGGGGAUUUCCGUGUUAUCGGGGCUAGACGGGGGUUUCGCAACGGAGGCCUGAUUACAGAGACGAGAAAGGGCGAGUGAGGAGAAUGAUACCCAAUAAUACACGGCACAUUCGGGCAUUUGAAGGAAGCAUGUCACAGGCGCCGCGUGAGAAAUUUUCAAUGUGGAAGUUUGGUCUGUGUAUUCCCUAAUCCGUACUCCUAAACCAUCAAAUAACAAAAACGACAGGCCGCAGCCGCAUAACCGCAACAGGCCAGAUGAGCAAAGCCCUCAUUAACGGCUUAUACGCCGGCCGGGCUUCUGACUGACCCUGUCCACACAUCCCAACACCUCACUCCGACUCAUUUCCCGAGAGAACCUGCGCUGGCAGGCCAGCGAAGUUCUUUGUCACAGAUCCCGGGA